GCGAAAGCCCCAGCAGCAGCAACCACCUUCCCCUUUCCUCCUCUGCUCCGCCGACGCGGCUGCUGCGGCGCCGACGCGGCAACCGACGCGACGCUUCGUCGAUCGCCUCGUCCGACGCCUUCGCGAGCAGCUGACUCCACGCGCCGCCGCGGCGGCGACUGCCGGAGGGCGGAGUCCUUGGUUUUUGGUUUGGUUUGAUCUGAGGUGGUUGGAUCGAUCGCGAGGGGGGUGGUGGUGUCGGAUCGAGGAGGAGGAGGAGGGGGAUCGGUGAGGUGGGGUGGGAGGAGGCUGGAGGGAGCGCAUGAUCGCGGGCGGCGCGGCGGCGGGGGAUUUCGUGGGCUGUGGCUCCGGUCGGCGGGAGGUGGAUCGGGCGUGAGUGAGGGUGGCAUUGGGGGGUGAUCCGGGAUGGUGAGCAGCAACCUCUUCCACUGCCGGAGGAACUCGUGGCCGGCCGAGGAGUACGUCGGCCGGACCGCGCUGCAGCUGUUGGACUUCGACGGCGGGUCGCCUCCGGAGCAGGCAUGGCGGCGGCGGUUGAACAGCCACGCCAACUUACUCAAGGAGUUCAGCGUUACCUUCAUGGAAGCAAUGAGGAUGAUGAGCCUUGGGCUGAGGCUAUGGUCGUAUGUUCGUGAGGAGGCUUCGCAUGGAAGGAAAGCUCCAAUUGAUCCGUUUACCAAAGAGAAAUGUAAGCCGUCAGCUUCGCAGGGUGUACCGCUUGGUGGGAUGGGGAGUGGUAGCAUUUCAAGAGGUUUCAGGGGAGAGUUCAAGAAUUGGCACAUCAUUCCUGGCUUAUGUGAGACCUCGCCAGUCAUGGAGAACCAGUUUUCUAUAUUUGUAUCUCGCGAUGGGGGGAACAAAAAGUUCUCAUCAGUCUUGUCUCCUGGACAUCAUGAAGGUUUAAGGAAGUGUAAUGAUGACUCUGGAAUUUCUUCAUGGGACUGGAACUUGAGCGGUCAACAUUCUACCUAUCAUGCAUUGUUUCCCAGGGCAUGGACUGUUUAUGAUGGUGAACCAGAUCCAGAUCUUAAAAUCUCAUGUCGUCAGAUAUCACCAUUCAUUCCUCAUGAUUACAAAGAUAGCAGCCUCCCAACUUCUGUCUUUGUGUACACUCUAGUGAACACUGGAAAAGACCGUGCAAAAGUAAGCCUGUUAAUGACGUGGGCGAACUCUAUUGGAGGUUUUUCUCAUCACUCAGGAGGCCACUUUAAUGAGCCCUUCAUUGCGGAGGAUGGGGUCUCUGGAGUUCUUCUGCAUCACAAAACAGCAAAGGAUAAUCCUCCGGUUACUUUUGCUAUUGCUGCCUGUGAAACUCAGAAUGUGAAUGUGACAGUCUUGCCUGUAUUUGGCCUCUCAGGAGAAGGUCAAGUUUCAGCCAAGCAAAUGUGGGAUAAAAUGGCUCAGAAUGGCCACUUUGAACGAGAAAAUUUUGAAGCUGGUUCCAGUAUGCCUUCGUCAUCAGGGGAGACACUUUGUGCAGCUGUCUCGGCUUCAACCUGGGUAGAGCCACAUGGUAGAUGUACUGUUGUGUUUGGUUUAGCCUGGUCCUCUCCUAAAAUAAAGUUUCAGAAGGGAUGCACAUACAACAGGAGGUACACCGAAUUUUAUGGAACUUCUGAAAGAUCAGCUGUUAAUUUGGUACAUGAUGCCUUGACAAAAUAUAAAAUUUGGGAGGAGGAGAUUGAAAAGUGGCAAAACCCCAUACUCAAGAAUGAAAGACUUCCAGAAUGGUAUAAGUUCACACUUUUUAACGAGCUUUACUUUCUAGUAGCUGGGGGUACUGUUUGGACAGAUGGCCAACCACCAAUGAUUGAUGAAAAAACAAAUCCUGGUUCUAAUCAACAAAAAUCUUCAAAAAGGGGCACUAGAGACAAUAAACAGGAAUCAGUUAAAGAUAACCAUGUCAAACUGACAGCAGAGCAAGUUGCUAACGGAGGUGAUCUCACUGAUGGUGAAGAGCGAAGCGUGUCAAAGUAUGCAGCAGUUCAUGGAUCGCAAAUGGUUGAACCAACCAAUGGACUUGGUCCACAAGAGCCAAUACCGUACUUGCUUUCUAAGAAAGGCCCUGAAAAUGUUGGCAAAUUUUUGUACCUGGAGGGAGUGGAAUACAUCAUGUGGUGCACCUAUGAUGUGCAUUUCUAUGCUUCUUUUGCUCUUCUUGAUCUGUUCCCCAAAAUAGAGCUGAGCAUCCAACGUGAUUUUGCCAAUGCCGUUCUGUAUGAAGACAGACGGAGAAUGAAAUUUUUGGCUGAUGGUACUUCCGGAAUUCGCAAGGUCAAAGGUGCUGUUCCUCAUGACCUAGGAACACAUGAUCCAUGGCAUGAAAUGAAUGCAUACAACAUACAUGAUACAAGCAAAUGGAAAGAUUUAAACCCAAAAUUUGUGCUCCAGGUAUACAGAGACUUUGCUGCUACUGGUGAUAUGUCAUUUGGUAGAGAUGUUUGGCCCGCAGUUUGUGCAGCAAUGGACUAUAUGGAUCAAUUUGACCGUGAUGGUGAUGGUCUCAUUGAAAAUGACGGGUUUCCCGACCAAACCUAUGAUGCCUGGACUGUUCAUGGGAUUAGUGCUUACUGUGGCGGUCUCUGGCUUGCUGCACUUCAGGCUGCAGCCACAAUGGCUCAUCGGCUUGGUGAUCGGGCAUUUGCUGAAAAGUACAAGCUCAAAUUCAUAAAAGCCAAAGCAGUAUAUGAGGCUAAGUUAUGGAAUGGGUCUUACUUCAAUUAUGACAGCGGCACAAGCAGUAAUAGCCGAUCUAUUCAGGCUGAUCAGCUAGCAGGGCAGUGGUAUGCUGCUUCCUCAGGCUUGCCCCCGCUCUUUGAUGAGCAAAAAAUAAGAAGCGCCCUGCAGAAAAUAUUCGAGUUCAACGUAAUGAAGGUUAAAGGAGGACGACUGGGAGCUGUAAAUGGUAUGACUCCCAGUGGAAAGGUGGAUGAGACAUGCAUGCAAUCUCGGGAAAUCUGGACUGGUGUUACAUACGGUGUUGCUGCAAACAUGCUGCUCCAUGGAAUGGAGCAUCAAGCAUUCACCACAGCGGAAGGAAUUUUUAUUGCUGGGUGGUCAGAAGAUGGAUAUGGGUACUGGUUCCAGACACCGGAAGGAUGGACCAUGGACGGGCACUAUAGAUCACUGAUCUACAUGCGACCUCUUGCUGUUUGGGCAAUGCAGUGGGCACUCUCUCCUCCCAAGGCAAUUCUCGAUGCCCCCAAGGUAAACCUGAUGGACAGGAUACACCUAUCCCCACAAAUGAUCCGAGCAAUGAACGAGAUUAGUGUUAGAAAGAUAGCACCCGACAAUAGAUGUUUCCCUAGCUCUGCAUUUCGUUGUCAAUGUUAACCA